AUGAAAGACUAUACAAUAACGGUAUUAGGAUGCGGUGUGAUGGGAAAUGCUGUUGUAUCGGCUAUUUUGAGUGCUUCUUUUGAGCCAUAUCCAUCCAAGAUUAUUUGUUGUACGAAUUCUGAAAAACUGUCUCAAGCUUUGGAGAAGAAAUUAAAACAUGACAUAGUAGAAUUUUCAUAUGGAAUCGAAUCCAACAAAUCAGCAGUUUCAAAGGCGCAUAUUGUUGUUUUAGGUUUCAAGCCUUAUAUGCUUCACACGGUUUAUGAGCAAGUGAAAGAAGUAUUGACUGGAGAACAGUUGAUAAUUUCUUUGCUAGCUGGAACAAGCCUCGAAGAAUUGACAAUUUUUUCACCUUAUGUUGCGAAGGUUAUGACCAACACUCCAGCUCAGUUUGGCUGCGGAACUGCUGCUAUAUCCUUCACAGAAAAGGCCGAGGAAAAGUAUCGUGAUUUAGUCAUAAAACUCACGGAUCCGCUUGGUUUAGCAUUGCAAAUUCCUGAAAAGAACAUGGACGCUGCUACAUCUUUAAUUGGUUCGGGCCCUGCAUUUUAUUUAUUGAUGAUGGAGGCAAUGAUUGAUGGAGGUAUCAGGAUGGGGUUUCCAUAUGCUACUGCGAAGGAAGCUGCCGCAAAGGUGAUGGAAGGAACAGCGAAGAUGGUGUUAGAGACUGGUGAGCACCCAGCAGCUUUGAGAAGUAAAAUAUGUACACCUGGUGGUACUACUAUUGGAGGGUUAUUAAAAAUGGAGGAUGCUGGCCUCAGAAGUGCUAUUGCUAGAGGAGUUGAAGAGGCUGCCAAUAUUUCUGCAUCCUUUAAGAAGAAAUGA